AUGCUUGUAAGAGAAAACAUUCGAAAAACCAAAUUCUUACUUCAAAAAACACUCAAAAACUUCAAAUGUCUCAUCUUUGGAGGAUACCAGAAACUCCCCAGAUCUCUUUCCUUCAAACCAUUCAUCGGUCGAACUCGAAGUAACAACAAUAGUGCAAGAACAACGUACACAAGUGAUCAAUUCUACAAUGAGUUUUACGAUAUUCUCCAAUCCGAUCUCAAUAGAAUGAAUCGAAACGGCGAGACUAAACUAACAGAAGGUGCUGCUGCAGCAACUGCAAGUAAUGUAAAUGUAAAGCAUGUGAGUUUUGUGAAACAAAGUCCACAAAAGAACGGUAAUGAAAAUAUAGCGAUGGAGAAGAAGAAGAACAAAGGGAAGAAGAACAAGAACGAAGGAGUUAAUGAAUUGGCAUUGAAGAUGAAGGAAUUGGAGAUGAAUGAUUCAGGUGAUGUUGAACAAGUUCUUGAUAUAGAAGAAGCACUUCAUUACUAUUCUCGUCUUAAGAGUCCGGUUUAUUUAGAUAUUGUCGACAAGUUUUUCACUGACAUGCAUUCUGAGUUUUCUGUUUCUCAAUCUUCUGUCAGAAACAAACAUUCUAAGACAAAAGGAAGAUUUGGAGCAAUAAGGUUGUAG